CCGCAACGUCCCGGCCGCAGGUUUGAAAUCGCGGCGCCGAGCACUCCGCGGCCAGCCUCGCCUGCGCCCCGGAGCCCGGCCCGAUGAGCGCGGCGGCGGCGGCGGCGGCGGCGAGCCGGCCGAAGGAGGCCCGCCCGGCGGGCAAGGAGCCGCCCGAGGUGCUGCUGGACCCGCGGAGCCGGCGGCGCUACCGGCUGGGGCGCUUCCUGGGCCGGGGCGGCUUCGCCAAGUGCUACGAGCUGACCGACGUGGAGAGCCGCGCGGUGUUCGCCGGCAAGGUGGUCUCCAAGGCGCUGCUGCUGAAGGCGCCGCAGCGGGAGAAGAUGGCCAUGGAGGUGGCCAUCCACCGCGGCCUCCAGCACCGCCACGUGGUCGGCUUCCACGGCUGCUUCGAGGACGACAGCUUCGUCUUCGUGGUGCUCGAGCUCUGCCGCCGGAGGUCCCUGCUGGAGCUGCACAAGCGGCGCAAGGUGCUGACCGAGCCCGAGGCGCGCUACUACCUGCGGCAGAUCGUCCUGGGCUGCCAGUACCUGCACGGCCACCGGGUCAUCCACCGGGACCUCAAGCUGGGCAACCUCUUCCUCAGCGACGACAUGGAGGUCAAGAUCGGGGACUUUGGCUUGGCAACCAGGGUUGAGUAUGAGGGGGAGCGGAAGAAGACCCUGUGUGGGACACCCAACUACAUCGCCCCCGAGGUGCUCGGCAAGAAGGGCCACAGCUUUGAAGUGGACGUGUGGUCCAUUGGCUGCAUCAUGUACACCCUCCUGGUCGGGAAGCCUCCCUUUGAAACCUCCUGCCUGAAGGAAACGUACAUGAGGAUUAAGAACAAUGACUACACCAUCCCGUCGCACAUCAACUCUGUAGCUGCUAACCUGAUCCAAAGGAUGCUGCGUUCGGAUCCGGCCACCCGCCCCACCAUCGAGGAGUUACUGAACGACGACUUCUUCUCCACGGGUUACAUCCCUUCGCGGCUUCCCACCAGCUGCCUCACGGUCCCACCCAGGUUCUCUCUGGCCCCGAAUGGGCUUGAGCCCAGUGGGAGAAAACCCCUGACUGUGGUGAACAAAGGCUUAGAGAGCCCCAUGCUGGAAAAGGUGCCUGAGAAGGAGGAGGCGGCGGCUCUGCGGGAGCCGGGCGAGGCUGUGGACACCCUCCUGGCAGACCUGUUCCAACAGCUGACCCUUGUUAACUCCUCCAGGCCUGCAGAGCAAGUCCCUGUGAGGCAAGAGGAAGCUGAAGACCCGGCCUGCAUCCCCAUCUUCUGGGUUAGCAAAUGGGUGGAUUAUUCCGACAAGUAUGGCCUUGGCUACCAGCUGUGCGACAACAGUGUGGGUGUGCUCUUCAAUGACACAACUCGCCUCAUCAUGUACAAUGACGGGGACAGCCUCCAGUAUAUAGAGCAAAACGGCUCCGAGUCCUACUUCAACAUGCAGUCUUACCCAGACACCUUCAACAAGAAGAUCACGCUGCUAAAAUACUUCCGAAACUACAUGAGCGAGCACCUGCUGAAAGCUGGCGCCAACAUCACCCCGCGGGAGGGAGACGAGCUGGCCCGGCUUCCUUACCUGCGGACCUGGUUCCGCACGCGCAGCGCCAUCAUCUUGCACCUGAGCAACGGCACCGUACAGCUCAACUUCUUUGAGGACCACACCAAGGUCAUCCUGUGCCCCCUGAUGGCCGCUGUCAGCUACAUCAAUGAGAAGCGGGAGUUCCGGACCUACAAACUGAGCCUCAUUGAGGACUUUGGCUGCAGCAAGGAGCUGGCCAGCCGCCUGCGCUUUGCCCACACCAUGGUGGAAAAGCUGCUCAGCAACAAGACGGCGGCAGCCAGUGUGAAGCCCUGUGCCUAGAGCCCACCUGGGACAGAGGACAGUCUCCCACUUCCAGAAGGGCUCCAGGCUGUGACGUUGCACUGGAGCCAGGGCACCCCUUCUGCCUGGCGGCUAAGCCCAGGGCUGGUUUCCACCCCAGGCAGUCCCUGCCUUCAGGUUCCUGGCGAAGCACAUGCAAUAGAAGUCGUCUUGGAAGGAUCUCUUCUCCACUCCCCGCCCCCCCCCUGCCCAAAUUCUGAUGGAGAAGAUGCCCUUUUGCCCUACAGUCACCUGGCUGACCCUUGCAGGUGACGGGAUUGGAGAGGUGGGCUGUGGCUGCAUCAUGUGAGUUAUUUAUCUGUGGGUCCCUGCACUCUGCUUUCUCUGUCCUCUGGGCUCUCCUUCCUGUAUUUGCUGUAUCUGUGCUGAUUGCCAGUUUGUUCUUGAAGCCUCUGUGGCUAAUCACCCUUUUAAUACUAGAUCUAAUAAAGGUAAUUUUGUACGUUG